AUGCCCCCCAAAAGAGCUACUCGCCGGAAUGGUGGGACGCCUCAGCGGUCAUCAUUCGUCAAUGAGUCUGGGUAUCAAGCCAUGGUCAACCCUUACAACCAACCUGAUUUGCCAGCCGUUCCAAUUGGGGCAUCAUGGAACUAUGGCGCAGCUACUACUGCAGCGAUGCCCAAUCGCAUGGGGGUGCGUCCCACCAUGGAUAUAGAUCAGAUGGUCGAAACGACGGAAGCCCGCAUGGAGAUCGCUCGAGAACGAUCAGCAGCUGUCAAGCAGAAGCAGCCACAGGCUCGGGCCAAGCGUGAACCAACGCCCGACCAGGCUCAGCUUCAGCAGUCGUUAAAUAAAGCCACAGAAGAUCACCAAUCUGAUAGAACUCCAACGCCUCCUGUGCCGCAUUCGGUUUCCACCGACUCCAGCCCAGGUGCACAACCUCCAUCACAACGACUGUUGUCCAAUUCACCAUUAUAUCCAUCACCACUUCAGCGUCCUGGCUCUCGACAUGCUUCUAUUGCAAGUUCAGUCUCGCGUCACAGCUCGGUUGAUAAUGCCUCGGAAGCCUCAUGGAAUCUCGAGCGGGAUAUCAACGAAGACGAUCUACAGCGGACAAGACCAAGCAAAUACCGUGGUGAAGCCCACGGAGAAAAUAUCUCGGCGCCUCCGCGGCGUAUUUCUGGUUUGGCGAUUGUUCCCGAAGAGGAUGAAUCUGUCAAGUCUGAACCCGGGGAGUGGAAUCCCAUUGCGCAAACACCUCCCCCAGAACUUCCCCCUGGUCCACCCAGGCAAAGCUUCAUGCGCCGUUGGCUGUCGGCAAUGAAACCUAAAAGGCCCCUUACCAAUCCCACAACUACCGAGGCUCCAAAUCCCGAACCUCCUAGGGCAACCCGAAGAGGCUUGUUCCAAAUUUUGGUGGAGUCGGCGGACAAGGGCCCCUACGCAAGUCUUGUUCGGGCAGCGUUAUGGCUGAUCGUGAUCGUGGGGUCUAUCUCCUUUUACCUAGUGGCAGUCAAGAUCCAUCAAAGCCUAGACCCCCUAGGAUGGGACUUGGAUCGAUCCGCGAUGAACACAUCUAAUCCAGAGAUCUACCGCGGUCUCCGAAACCAGAUAUCCAAAAUGGAUGUCAAAAUGUCAUCACUCUCAAGCGAGCUAAGCUCCGUCAUGUCAGAGCAAGCAAAUUCCCACGCCGUUGAUUCACGCCCUACAGAUACUGCCGAUCUCGUCGUUCACCGGAACCCUGUCCACAAGGUGAAUUUCUUAUCAGUGGCCUUAGGCGCACUCAUCGACCCGGCAUACACUUCCCCGACUCUGGGCUACAAGCUUGGUACCCCCGCCCGUGCAGUUCUAUGGCUUUUUCAAAAGUCACCCCAGACCGUCGUCCGAGCACCGCAGUCCCCCAUCGCUGCCCUCAGCGCAUGGGAAGAAGUAGGCGACUGCUGGUGCAGCGCAUCUCGAGGAGGAUCAACCCAGCUAUCCGUGCUCCUGGGCCGAAACAUCGUGGCCGAAGAACUAGUCGUCGAACACGUCCCCCUCGGCGCAUCUCUGGAGCCAGAAGCCGCGCCGCGAACAAUCGAGGUCUGGGCGCGCUUCAAAGUGAACCCCCACAAGACACCUGUGAAAGCCAAACACACUCCCGGCGCCGUACCAGGUCGUGGCUUCUUCUCCAUCUUCGGUGACGCUACCGUCUCCCCAGAGUCUCCAGCGACCCAGGUCCCAUCGUCCCGCGAAACAGGUCUAGGCGGGUACCUGAUUCCCGGCAUCGGAUCGCUCCAUGAACUGAUCAUGAAUCUGUUGCGUCGAAGUAACCCCUUCGAGCCGGAAUACGCUUACUCCGACGAUCCUAUACUCGGUCAGAACUUCUACCGCAUCGGUAAGGCGGAGUACAACAUCCACAGCCCGGAUCAUAUCCAGAGAUUCAAGCUCAACACCAUCGUUGAUGUCUCGACUAUCCGGGUGGACAAGGUCGUCUUCCGAGUAACUUCGAAUUGGGGCUCCAAACACACUUGUAUCUACCGGUUCAAAUUACAUGGGCACAUCUAG